AUGGUGGCUUCUCUUCCAUGCAAGACUUCAAUCUCACUUUCUGCAUUCCUAUUAUGUUCAAUUCUUCUACCAUGUACCAUCACCUUACUCCACUUACCAUCUCUCUCCUCUGCUAAUGGCAAUGAGACCGACAGGCUUGCCUUGCUUGCUAUUAAAGCACAGAUAACCCAUGACCCUCUCGGAAUCACAACUUCAUGGAACGAUUCAGUACAUUUCUGCAACUGGGUAGGAAUCACUUGUGGUAAGCUUCACCGGAGAGUGACCAACUUGAACUUAAUGUCACUUAAUUUGGUGGGUUCUUUAUCACCGUACGUCGGAAACCUCACCUUCCUCGCCGGUAUAAAUCUUGAACUUAACAAUUUCCAUGGUGAAAUCCCACCGGAAAUUGGCGGUUUAUACAGGCUCAGACACCUUAAUUUGACCAAUAACUCGUUUUCUGGCGAGAUUCCGGUUAAUCUUUCUCAAUGUGCUGGUCUCGUGCUGAUUCGUUUUGGCUGGAACAGAUUAAUUGGGAAAAUCCCAAUUCAACUUGGGUCACUGCAGAAACUAGAGAAAAUUCACCUACACUAUAACAAUCUCACUGGGUUCAUCCCAGACUCUUUUGGCAACCUUUCUUCAAUAAAAUCCUUUUCUCUGGCAGCUAAUAAUUUAGAGGGAAACAUUCCUGAUGCACUUGGCCGGUUGAGCAAUUUGAAUUUUCUUGGAUUGGGUGUGAAUCAAUUGUCUGGUACAAUUCCUCACUCAGUUCUCAAUAUUUCAUCUCUUGUAACCUUUAGCUUGCCAUUUAAUCAGUUACAUGGCAGUUUGCCAUUAGACCUGGGCUUCACUCUUCCUAAUUUGCAAGUGAUUGAUGUUGGUCAUAAUGGGUUUAGUGGCAUCCUUCCAGUUUCAUUAUCUAAUGCUUCAAAUCUUGUUGAAUUUGAUGUUACUGGGAGUAACUUCACUGGAAAAGUUUCAAUUGAUUUUGGAGGCUUAUCUGAUCUUUCGUUGCUGAUUCUUACUUCCAAUCCCCUUGGGAAAGGGGAAGCUGAUGACUUGAGUUUCUUGAACUCCCUCACUAGAUGUAGAAAUUUGAAAAUGUUGGAUUUAGGUGAUUGCCAGUUUGGAGGUGUGUUGCCUGAUUCUAUAGCAAAUUUAUCUACAGAUCUUUGGGCCUUAAGAUUGGGAAAUAAUCAACUGUCUGGAAGCAUUCCAAGUGGGAUUGAGAACCUUGUUAACUUGACUGAACUGCAGUUGCAAAAAAAUAAAUUAACAGGGAGCAUUCCCUCUGUUAUUGGUAAAUUAAAGAUGCUACAGCUAUUGGAUUUGUCUGAAAAUGAGCUUUCAGGUUACCUUCCAUCAUUUAUGUCAAACAUAACUCGCUUAUUUACACUUCAUCUUGAAAAUAAUCAAUUAGUUGGGAGCAUCCCUCCCAAUUUUGGUAAUUUCCAACACUUGCAAGAGCUAGACCUUUCUCAAAACCAUCUCAAUGGCACCAUACCCAAAAGAGUUAUGGGUCUUUCUUCGCUAACAAUUUCCUUGAACCUAGCUCAAAAUCGGUUGUCUGGCCCCCUACCUUUGGAAAUGGGUGCCUUGAAAAAUCUUGGUUACUUGGAUGUUUCAGAAAACAUUUUGUCUGGUGAAAUUCCUGAUAGUAUUGGAAGUUGUGUAACCUUGGAAAGCCUUCGAAUGGAGGGCAACUUCUUUGAAGGUUCCAUUCCUCCAUCUUUCAGUUCUCUGCGAGGUCUUCAGGACCUAGACCUUUCGCGCAACAACUUAUCAGGCCAAAUUCCUGAGUAUUUUCAGAAGAUUUCCCUUAAGAGCUUGAAUUUGUCUUUCAACAAAUUUGAGGGUGUGCUACCAGAGGAAGGGGUUUUUAAGAAUGCCACUGCAAUUUCUGUAGUUGGGAAUGAUAAGCUUUGUGGGGGUAUAACAGAAUUACAGUUGCCAGCUUGCCAGCAGAAUGAACGAAAGAAAAGAGAAACAUCUCGCAGUCUGAGGCUAAUGAUCCCACUACUUUCUGGACUUCUGGCUCUUGUUUUGAUUAUUUCUCUAUUAAUCAUCAAGCGGUUAAGAAAGGCAAAAAGGGAGCCUUCCAUUGCAUCUUCAUUUACAAAUGGCUUGUUUUUGAGUGUCACCUAUGAAAGUCUUUUUAAAGCUACGGGGGGAUUUUCUUCUGCCAAUUUGAUUGGCACUGGUAGCUUUGGGUCAGUGUACAAGGGUAUACUUGACCAAGAUGAAAAAGUCGUUGCAGUGAAGGUGCUAGACCUACAACAGAGAGGCUCUUUUAAGAGCUUCAUGGCUGAGUGUGAAGCAUUAAGAAACAUUCGGCAUCGAAAUCUUGUCAAAAUUUUAACAACUUGCUCAACUAUUGAUUUUCAAGGGCAAGAGUUUAAAGCUUUAGUCUAUGAGUUCAUGCCUAAUGGGAAUUUAGAUAGUUGGCUGCAUUCUGUUCCAAAAGCUGAGGCUAUGAAUGAGGAUCUGAGGAUCUUAGACCUUCUUCAAAGAAUGAAAAUUGCCAUCGAUGUGGCUUGUGCCCUGGAAUAUCUUCAUCACCAUUGCCACAGGCCAAUUGUUCAUUGCGAUUUGAAGCCAAGUAAUGUUCUUCUUGACAAUGACAUGACUGCUCAUGUGGGCGAUUUUGGAUUAUCAAGGUUCAUUUCAGAAGCCAUGAGUAAAUCACAUCCUAAUCAAAGCAGCUCAAUUGUAAUCAGAGGAACUAUUGGAUAUGCUGCGCCUGAGUAUGGCAUGGGAAGCAAGGCGUCAACAUGCGGUGAUGUAUACAGCUAUGGCAUCCUCUUGUUGGAGAUGUUUACUGGAAAAAUGCCUACUGAUGACAUGUUUCAAGAUGGACUGAAUCUCCACAAUUAUGUUAAGAUGGCAUUGCCUGAGAGAAUAGCUGAAAUUUUGGACCCAGAGGUUCUUCAUAGUGGAGAAGAAGAAGAGGUUGAGACCACUACACCAGACAAUGGUAGUAUGGAACAAGAAGAGGAUGAGACGACUGCCCCAGAAAAUGGUAGUAUGGAACAAGUAGAUCAAGUGAAAGAAUGCUUGAUAUCUAUCCUCAGAAUCGGACUAGCUUGUUCGGUGGAAUUGCCUAGAGAACGCAUGGACAUUAACGACGUUGUCAGAGAAUUACAGUUGAUUAGAGACAUUCUAUUAGCCUCAGGGGUGAGUUACAGCUCAACCAGCGGGAGCAUGAGGUUUGGAGGUUCUUCCACUCAUUCCACCGCGAGUAACUGGCAAAAUGUAUUGUAAUGUACUCCAAAUUUGUUACUCCAGAAGUUAUGGUUUACCUUUAAAGCCUGAUAUGUUUCCCAUGCCAUCUGGUGACAGAUCAUUAUACACCAGUGUAUGUAGUUCUGCUUAACAUGAUGAUCAGUACUCUCCUGUAAUUGUAUCCCUUUUCUUCAUGUAGAAAUUUCACUCUAUCUUGAGAAAUGUUCGCAACAGAAACCAAAGUAUCAUUACAGCUUUUUCAU